AUGUCGGCUCUCAUUGCCAGAUUCGGCGAGGUACUCCGCAAAAAGGAAACACGGGACUAUUUCAUGAGUACUCAUUUCUGGGGCCCAGUUGCCAACUGGGGAUUGCCACUAGCUGCGAUAGCAGACAUCAAAAAGAGUCCAGAGUUCAUUAGUGGCAAAAUGACUACUGCUCUCAUUCUAUACUCGGCACUAUUUAUGCGAUUCGCUUGGGUCGUCAUACCGAGGAAUUACCUCCUCAUGGCAGUACAUGUUGUCAAUGAGGGCUGUCAACUUACUCAGAUGUAUCGCUUUGUCCAGUGGGAGUAUAGAGGCGGCAAGGAGAAAGGUUGGACUGCACCAGAUCAAGCAACUGCAACCAAAUUCUAA